AUCUGUCUGAAUAUCCGAGACGAAUCGAUCGCUUUUUAAUAUUGGAACCUGCCAGUUGGGAUCCGUGAUCGACAGCAUUGCCCGCUUGGCUAUGUUGUCAUACAGGGCGCAGCACUCUUAGAAUAGCUCUUAUGAGAGGACAGUUAUAAGCAGCAUGUCCCGCAGUUGAAGAAUAGACAAUAAUUUGAAGGCUCGAUACACUCUCUGGACGACAUUCAAAGAACUUCUGAUCCAUCUCACCGUAAUAGAUAUGGGGUUGACAUCGCCGAUCCCAUCGUGGGUCUGGGGUUUCCUGGACUACAACAGCAGCAGAUUGCCCGCCCUGAUCGGAACUGUGUGCAUCAUCCGCGGCAUCCGCAGCAUCAUCACCCCCGGGAACCAGUACUACGAAUUCGGGGUGCCCCGCGAGGGCUCCGACGACCCGGUGUCAAAAGAGGGCACGGUCUCCCCGCUCAUGUAUGUCAAGGGCAUCCGCGAGAUCGGAUACGGGGUCAGCAUGGAGGUCGUGGGCAGACUGCACGACCCGAGGGGCGUGACGGGGAUGCUUGCAGUGGGGGCCGUAAUGAGCGUGGGGGACGCGGUGGUGGUUGCGGUGUUUGGGCGGGGGAAAUACCAGAUGGUUCUGUGGCAUCUGCUGGUUGCGCUGUAUUUCGGGGCGAUGGCCUACUUGCGCUGUUAGUUACGGCCUCGGAUGAGAGAUGUCCGGCUUGAACAAAUUAAGCCGACUUCUUUAGAUUAAAACAGAGGCAAGCAAACCAAUGGAAAGAGGUGGCGUUUCCAAGGCGCGAGGCGUAUUCAAGCUCUCUCGGCAGCCGGCACUUGGCGAGGCGGAUGUCCGUAUCAGUCUGUAUUGUUGUAUCUGCAGUCUCCAGUUUUCUCUCCAGUUUCCCUCCAGUUUUCCUCCAGAUUCAGGUCCACCCCCAGAUCUCUGCUGUCAACCAUGCCAUGUGCCAACCAUGGUAACCAGCCCACCAUCUGCUCUGUCCACCAUGUCUUCCAUGUAACUGCCUCCCAUUUUAACGUCGCCUCAAUGUAACGU